AGACGCGGCCCGCCCAGCCCAGCCCCGGCGCGAGCCGAUUUAGGCCGGCUGCACCCACACGUGACCGCGCGUCCUCUUGCCUUGGCGUCGGCGGCUCCAUGGCGCGGGGCGGCGCGCUGCUCGGCUGCCUCCUGCUGGGGCUCAGCCUGGCGCUGGCGCGCGGGGCACCGACAGGGCAGUUCUGGCACGUGACUGACCUGCACUUGGACCCUACAUACCACAUCACGGCCGACCGCACCAAGGUGUGCUCUUCGUCCAAAGGCGCCAGCGCCUCCGACCCGGGCCCUUUCGGAGACGUCCUGUGUGAUGCCCCCUAUCGACUUAUCGUGUCAGCGUUCGACUUUAUUAAGAAUUCGGGGCAAGAAGCUUCUUUCAUGAUAUGGACAGGCGACAGCCCACCUCAUGUUCCUGUUCCGGAACUCUCCACAGACACUGUCAUAAAGGUGAUCACGAACAUGACAGUGACCAUCCGGAGUUUCUUCCCAAGUCUCCAGGUGUUCCCUACACUGGGCAAUCAUGACUACUGGCCGCAGGACCAGCUGCCCACAGCCACCAGCCAAGUGUACGACGCGGUGGCCAACCUCUGGAAAGCCUGGCUGGAGGAGGACGCUCUGAGCACGCUGAGGAAAGGAGGUUUUUAUUCACAGAAAGUCCCACAUAACCCAAAUCUGAGGAUCGUCAGUCUCAACACGAACCUGUACUAUGGCCCCAAUGUUGUCACCCUGAACGAGACUGACCCAGCCAAUCAGUUCGAAUGGCUCGAACAUACCCUGAACAGCUCUCAGCAAAACAAAGAGAAGGUGUACAUCAUCGCGCACGUGCCGCUGGGGUACCUGCCCUUCUCCAGCGGCAUCACGGCCAUGAGGCAGUACUACAACGAGAGGCUGGUGGAGCUCUUCAGGAGGUACAGCGGCGUCAUCGCGGGACAGUUCUACGGUCACACGCACAGGGACAGCAUCAUGGUUCUUUCCGAUGGAGCAGGACGUCCAGUGAGUUCUUUGUUUGUGUCUCCUGCUGUUACACCUGUGAGGAAUGUUUUCGCAAAAGAGACCAACAACCCUGGUGUCCGCCUCUUUCAGUACGAGCCUCGUGAUUACACACUGUUGGACAUGGCCCAGUAUUAUCUGAACCUGACGGACGCGAAUCUGAAGGGAGAGUCCGAGUGGAAGCUGGAGUACGUCCUGACCCAGACCUACGGCGUUGCAGACCUGCAGCCACACAGCUUGUACGGACUGGUUAAACAGAUGGCAGUCCUAGACAGCAAGCAGUUUAUCAAAUACUACAAGUAUUUCUUUGUGAGUUACGACAGCAGCAUAGUUUGUGAUAAGAAAUGUAAGGCCUUGCAGAUUUGUGCAAUUAUGAGUCUUGACCAUGUUUCCUACACAGACUGCCUCAAGAAAUAUUAUGUAAAGCGCGGCCGCUAGUGCUUUGCGGUUGGCAUCAGUGGCCGAUGGAACGCGCCUCUGUUUCUGAGACCAGUUUGUGGGAUUGUUAAGUGAAAUCUUUGUUCAUUCACUAAGUGAAUGAGCAGAACUAUGGUCUUUGUUUUCUAAUCAGGCUGAGGUGUAGAUACAUAUAACAUUCUAAAUUUUUAUUAAAGCGAAUGUACUUAGGCUGCCUAUCCAUGGAAUUACGUUUGGAUGUAAAUAUCCUACUGUAUAGUUUAUAUGAUUGUACUUUACUUAUAUUUUUGUUGAAAUUAUUACUCAUACAGUGAAGCAAAAGACUUAUUCUCUCUACUGUGA